CAGUGGGCGGGGCUUCCUCGAGUUCCGGAGUCCAGUCGCUGGCCGCCUUGCUGGAGCGGAGAUGCAGCCACCGCCCCGAAAAGUGAAGCCGGCCCAGGAGGUGAAGCUUCGCUUCCUGGAACAGCUGAGCAUCCUUCAGACCCGGCAGCAGAGGGAGGCGGAUCUGCUGGAGGACAUCAGAUCCUACAGCAAGCAGAGGGCAGCCAUUGAACGGGAGUAUGGGCAGGCACUCCAGAAACUGGCUGGCCCAUUCCUGAAGAGGGAAGGGCACCGGAGCGGCGAGAUGGACAGCAGGGGCAGGACAGUGUUUGGUGCCUGGCGCUGCCUGCUGGAUGCCACCGUGGCUGGGGGCCAAACCCGGCUCCAGGCGUCCGACCGAUACCGUGACCUAGCAGGGGGUACAGGGCGGAGCGCCAAGGAGCAGGUGCUUAGGAAGGGAACAGAGAACCUCCAGAGGGCGCAGGCCGAGGUGCUGCAGUCUGUCCGGGAGCUGAGCCGAAGUCGGAAGCUGUAUGGGCAGCGGGAACGUGUGUGGGCCUUGGCACAGGAGAAGGCAGCUGAGGUCCAGGCCAGGCUAAACCGAAGUGACCAUGGGAUCUUCCACUCUCGGACCAGUCUCCAGAAACUGAGCACCAAGCUGUCCGCCCAGUCAGCCCAGUACUCCCAGCAGCUGCAAGCCGCCCGCAAUGAGUACCUGCUUACCUUGGUGGCUACCAAUGCCCACCUCGACCAUUACUACCAGGAGGAACUGCCAGCUCUGCUCAAGGCCCUUGUCAGUGAGCUGUCAGAACACUUGAGGGACCCCCUGACCUCCCUCAGCCGCACUGAGCUGGAAGCCUCAGAGGUCAUCCUGGAGCAUGCCCACCAUGGGGAGCAGACAACCUCCCAGGUAAGCUGGGAGCAAGACCUGAAGCUGUUUCUUAAGGAGCCUGGUGUAUUUUCCCCCACCCCACCUCAGCAGUUUCAGCCAGCAGGGACUGAUCAGGUGUGUGCCCUGGAGUGGGGAGCAGAAAGCAUGGCUGGCGAGAGUGGCCUGGAGAAAGAGGUUCAGCGCUUGACCAGCCGAGCUGCCCGUGACUACAAGAUCCAGAACCAUGGGCAUCGGGUACUGCAGCGACUGGAGCAGAGGCGGCAGCAGGCUUCAGAACGGGAGGCUCCAGGCAUAGAACAGAGGUUACAGGAAGUGCGAGAGAGCAUCCGCCGCGCACAGGUGAGCCAGGUGAAGGGGGCUGCCCGGCUGGCUCUGCUGCAGGGGGCUGGCCUAGAUGUGCAGCGCUGGCUGAAGCCAGCCAUGACCCAGGCCCAGGAUGAGGUGGAGCAGGAGCGACGUCUCAGUGAGGCUCGGCUGUCCCAGAGGGACCUCUCUCCAACCGCUGAGGAUGCUGAGCUUUCUGACUUUGAGGAAUGUGAGGAGGCAGGAGAGCUCUUUGAGGAGCCUGCCCCGCAAGCCCUGGCCACUAGGUCCCUCCCCUGCCCUGCACAUGUGGUAUUUCGCUAUCAGGCAGGGCGUGAGGAUGAGCUGACAAUCACGGAGGGUGAGUGGCUGGAGGUCAUAGAGGAGGGAGAUGCUGAUGAAUGGGUCAAGGCUCGGAACCAACACGGUGAGGUAGGCUUUGUCCCUGAGCGGUAUCUCAACUUCCCGGACCUCUCCCUCCCAGAGAGCGGCCAAGACAGUGACAAUCCCUCUGGGGCAGAGCCCACAGCAUUCCUGGCACGGGCCCUGUACAGCUACACUGGACAGAGUGCAGAGGAGCUGAGCUUCCCUGAGGGGGCGCUCAUCCGUCUGCUGCCCCGGGCCCAAGAUGGAGUAGAUGACGGCUUCUGGAGGGGAGAAUUUGGGGGCCGUGUUGGGGUCUUCCCCUCACUGCUGGUGGAAGAGCUGCUUGGUCCCCCAGGGCCACCUGAACUCUCUGAACCUGAACAGAUGCUGCCGUCCCCUUCUCCUCCCAGCUUCUCCCCACCUGCACCUACCUCUGUGUUGGAUGGGCCCCCUGCACCUGUCCUGCCUGGGGACAAAGCCCUGGACUUCCCUGGGCUCCUGGACAUGAUGGUACCUCGACUCAGGCCGAUGCGUCCACCACCUCCCCCACCGGCUAAAGCCCCGGAUCCUGGCCACCCAGAUCCCCUCACCUGAAGGCCAGGGAAUCCUUGACCCCCGGUGAUGCUGCUGUCCCUAUCUUCAAGCUGUCAGACCACACCCUCAAUGAUCCAGAGCAACACAGCCAAAACCUGGAAUCUCCCUUAUUUCCACCCUCACCUCCAAGGGUAGAAACUUGCCCCUUCCCAUUUCUGGGACUGGAGCCCACUCCUUUUUUUCCCAUUGUCCUAUCAUCUCUAGGACUGGAACUACUCCUUUCUCUUCUGCCAUCACCCUAUCUAGGGUGGUGAAAUGCCUGAAAUCUCUGGGGCUGGAAACCAUCCAUCAGAGUCUCUAGUGGUUCUGGCCCACCUCUUUCCCCACCCUGGCUCCGUGACCCACCCCACUCUGGAUGCCAGGGUCACUGGGGUUAGGCCGGGGAGAGGAACAGGCCUUGGGAAUCAGAAGGCGCUGGAGCCAGGAUGCAAAGCAGCUGUAAUGGUCUGAGCGGAUUUAUUGACAAUGAAUAAAGGGCACGAAGGCCAGGCCAGGGCCUGGGCCUCUUGUGCUAAGAGGGCAGGGGGCCUAUGGUGCUAUUGCUUUAGGGGCCCACCAGGGGCAGGGGCCUGCUCCCAGUUGCCACGCUCUAUCAUAGGGAGCGAGGUGUUGGGGAAGGCGGGUCAGGCAGCCUGUUGCAGGCAGGGGAAGGAGAAGAGACUGAGCGGCCGUGACCUCUCCUGAGGCCCCCAGCCUGAGACCGUGUAACUCCAGGUGGAAGUAGAGCUGGUCCCUCAGCUGGGGGGCAGUGCUGUCCAGUGGAGGGGAGGGCCUUCACGCCCACCCACACCCUGGCCCUGUCAGCUGGUAGUCCAUCAGCACGAUGAAGAAGGAGACUUGGAGAAGAGGAAGAGUAACAGUGUUGCUUCCUGUUCAAGCUGUAUCCAGCUUUUCCCCUGGGGCUGCAGGACCUUCCCUACCUCCACCACCAAACCAAGGGGUUUAUAGCAAAGGGUAAGCCUGCAGUUUAUUCUCUGGGGGUUCAGGGAGCUGAAAGGCUUAAGUAGUUUAAGUAGGUGAUGGGAAGAUGAGAUUACCUCAUUUAGGGCUCAGGCAGACUCACCUCACAUACCCCCUGCUCCCCGUGGUAGACACACCUGAGAGAAAGGGGAGGGGUCAACGAGAGAACAGGACUAGGUCAUAUCAGUGCCCCCCAGAGUAGAGAGCAAUAAGAGCCCAGCCCAGUACAGUCCUGGCUGUGUUUUCCUACCUGGUGAUCGGAAGUGUCCGGUUUGCUUUGCUGCCCAUUUGCCUCUUGAGUGGGCAGCCCUGGGCUUGGGCCCCUCCCUCCGUCCCUCAGUGUUGGCUCUGCAGAAGCUCUGGGGUUCCCUUCAAGUGCACAAGGGGCUAGGCUGCUGUCCCUGAGUCCUCCAUUCUGUACUGGGGGGCUGGCUAGGACCUGGGGCUGUGGUCUCUCAGGGGGCAGCCUCUCCAUGGCAGGCAUCCCUGCCUUGGGCUGCCCUCCCCCAGACCCCUGACCACCCCCUGGGUCCUGUCCCCCACCAGAGCCCCAGCUCCUGUCCGUGGGGGAGCCAUCACGGUGUUCAUGCAGUCCAUAGCGCUUCUCAAUGUGUGUCACCCGGAACCUGGGAGGGGAGGGAACACUGGGGUUUAGGACCACAACUCAGAGGCUGCUUGGCUCUCCCCUCUGACCAGGGACAUCCUGAGUUUAGUGGCUACUUCCCUCUGGCCUAAGGUAGGGGAGGCCUUCUCAGAUUGUGGGGCACAUUGUGUAGCGUGACUUCCGCUGGAGCUCCUAGUCCAGGAGGAAAGAGCCAAGGCCCACUUUUGGGAUCAGGUGCCUGAUCAUUGGGCCCCCUACCUCAACCUCACUUUCCAUGGAGCACCUGCCCCACCUGCCCACAGAGAACACAGUGGUCUCCCCUGUCCGGGGGCGGCUUUUUCCUUCCUUGGAGCGUCCCUGACGGACAAGUGGAGGCCUCUUGCUGCGGCUGCAAUGGAUGCAAGGGGCUGCAGAGCCCAGGUGCACUGUGUGAUGAUGGGAGGGGGCUCCGUCCUGCAGGCUGGAGGUGGCAUCCACACUGGACGGCAGGGAGGAGGGGAGCAAGGGUAACAUUUCCAUUUCUCUUCAUGUUUUGUUUCUUAGUUCUUUCAGCAUGCUCCUUAAAACCCCAGAAGCCCCAAUUUCCCCAAGCCCCAACAUUUUUUCUUGUCUUUAUCUAAUAAAUUCAGUAUUAAGAUGUUA